UCCUUCAUAUAACACCCACCAUGAAUUCCAAAUUCUUGCUCAAUCCGCAUCACUGACUCAAUGGAGCAGUUGCUUAAGCAAAGGAGGUUAAGAUUCUCUGGUGUAGGACAAGAAAAGGCAGAAGGAACCAGCGACAUUAAGGACAGUAAGACACCAGCCCAAAAGACUCCGUCCUUCAAAGGAGGUCUUGCAGAUAAGAGAAGCCAGAGCUGGUUGCAGAGACAAUUCACCAAACAAAUGAGCCGGAGUGAUGAACCCGCCGGCGAAGACGAAGUGGCGGCUGCCGUGGCUGCUGCAGCCUUGGCAGUCGAGAGGAUCCAAGAUUCCGACACACCCGACCGAAGCCCAAUGAGUCCGGGCCCUGAGCGCUCCUUAACCAGGGCCAAGUCCAAAAGGCAAUCUGCAUCGAGGCGACCAGAAACUGGUGAAGAAUCAAUGAAGAUACCCAUAACCGGUCCCGCCCAACCCGUGCAAAAACGUCCUAGUUUUGUCGAGAAGCUCUUGGAAAGCACCGAGGACUCGGAAGAAGAGGACGCCGAAGAAGGAGCACCCACACCGCCAAAACCAUCCCCUUCCAUGAAGAGGGCCUCCUCAUCAGCUGGUAAACAGUUCGAGAAGGUCCCCAGUAUGAAACCUGAGAUCUUGCCGUCCCCGACGUCCGAACGGCUUCCCACCAUCAAACCACCACCUCCGCGGCCACGCCAGCUCAAAACUGGGCAAAGUUCGGCAAUUCCUGGAGGCAAACAGAAAGCGGAUAUCUGGAUCAGAGAGGAGAUGUCUAGGAUCAACGAUAGGUACGCCAAACUGAACUCAACCAUAAACACGUGGGAGACCCAUAAGAGGAAAAAGGCCAAAAGCAAAUUGAUCGAGACAGAGGGUGAACUGGAGAAGAAGAGAGACAACGCGUUGAAAACAUUUCAGACCGAGAUGGACAGCAUUGAAAAAUUCACGGCCGCAGCAAGAAAACAAGCAGAGGAAAGGCAAAGAAAUGAAGAGUUGAAGGCCCAAGAAAAAGCAAAUAGAAUCAGAACCACUGGGAAACUUCCGACCAGAUGUCUCUGCUUCUAAAAUCGCCAGCCCUGAACUGGCUCUCCUAAAAUAAUCGAAAUUGCGGAUGUAAAAUAUAUUUGUUUUCUCUCGAUGUGAUCACGAUAAUACAUUUGUACAGUCUGAGUUUGCAAGAUUUUACA